AGUCGACACAAACCGAAAAAUGCAACGAGAAAAAUCAAGCAGCGCCGGCGCGGCUGAAAAGCCCGACCGUGAGGCCGCCAUCAUGUCCAAAUACUACGAUGGAGUCGAGUUUCCUUUCUGCGACGAGUUCUCCAAAUACGAGAAAAUGGCCAAAAUUGGACAGGGAACCUUCGGGGAGGUGUUCAAAGCCAAACACAGGCAGACUGGGAAGAAGGUGGCUCUGAAGAAAGUUCUGAUGGAAAACGAGAAAGAAGGGUUCCCAAUCACGGCUCUGAGAGAAAUCAAGAUCCUGCAGCUGUUGAAACAUGAGAACGUGGUAAAUCUGAUUGAGAUCUGCAGAACCAAAGCCUCGCAGUUCAACAGGUAUAAAGGCAGCAUCUACCUGGUCUUUGACUUCUGUGAGCACGACCUGGCCGGCCUGCUGAGCAACGCCAACGUGAAGUUCACGCUGGCUGAGAUCAAGAAGGUGAUGCAGAUGCUGCUGAACGGGCUGUACUACAUCCACAGGAACAAGAUUCUCCACAGAGACAUGAAGGCAGCCAACGUUCUGAUCACCAGAGACGGAGUCCUGAAGCUUGCCGACUUCGGUCUGGCUCGGGCCUUCAGCCUUGCAAAGAACAGCCAGGGGAACCGCUACACCAACCGGGUCGUCACGCUGUGGUACCGACCUCCAGAGCUGCUGCUGGGUGAACGAGACUACGGGCCCCCCAUCGACCUGUGGGGGGCGGGCUGCAUCAUGGCAGAGAUGUGGACCCGGAGCCCCAUCAUGCAGGGGAACACAGAGCAGCACCAGCUGACCCUGAUCAGCCAGCUGUGCGGGUCCAUCACCCCGGAGGUCUGGCCCGGCGUGGACAAGAAGUACGAGCUGUACCAGAAGAUGGAGCUGCCCAAAGGUCAGAAGAGGAAGGUGAAGGACCGCCUCAAAGCCUACGUCAAAGACCCCUAUGCUCUGGACCUCAUCGAUAAGCUCCUGGUUCUGGAUCCGGCUCAGCGGACCGACAGUGACGACGCGCUCAACCACGACUUCUUUUGGUCUGACCCGAUGCCGUCGGACCUGAAGAACAUGCUCUCCACCCACAACACCUCCAUGUUCGAGUACCUGGCGCCGCCCAGGCGGAGAGGACACAUGCCCCAGCCACAGCCCAACCAGAACCGGAACCCGGCCACCACCAAUCAGUCUGAGUUUGACCGGGUGUUCUAGAGUGGAACCGAUGUCUGACCAGAACAGAACUUUGGUUGUUACAACCAGGAGAUAAAAACAUUUAGAUUUCUCCUGUGACUUGUUACGUUCUGAUCUGACUUCAGGAGUCAGACCGUUACCAUGGCAACCACAUCAGGAGAAAAGACCCGAACAAUAAAAAAACUCUUCUUUUCUCUGUUCGACUGUUUUUGGUAAUAAUCGGGAGCUGAGGCAGCGUUCUCUCCUUCAGCAGUUUGAGCACUAACAGCUAAACUUCAGCUUGUUCAGGACACUCAGACUUUUGGGUUUUGUAGCUUUUGUGUGUUUGAAAGGUUUAAAAAAAUUUAACUGAAAUU